UCUGGAGCAAACACAUCAUGCAGGACACGCAGGACAGCGACAUCGGCCUGGAGGGCUUGUCCCGCGGGGGCGCAGCUGCGGACCGUGAGUGCCAGCGGGGACCGGAAACAAUCGCUCACGAGGCACAGGGCGCAGGAACCCUCAAUUCAGACGCCACCGGGGACGUGGAUGGGGAGCGCGCGGCCACCAUGAGGGUCCCCGAGAAGUACUCGACGCUCCCAGCCGAGGACCGCAGCGUCCACAUCGUGAACAUCUGCGCCAUCGAGGACCUCGGCUACCUGCCGUCCGAGGGCACGCUGCUCAACUCCCUGUCCGUGGACCCUGAUGCUGAAUGCAAGUAUGGCCUGUACUUCCGGGAUGGGAAACGCAAGGUGGACUACAUCUUGGUGUACCAUCACAAGAGAGCCUCAGGCAGCAGAACUCUGGCCAGGAGGGGACUACAGAAUGACAUGGUCCUGGGGACUCGCAGUGUCAGGCAGGACCAACCCCUCCCUGGGAAGGGGAGCCCCAUAGACAUGGGCUCACCCGAAGCCCCCAUGGAUUACCAUGAAGAUGACAAGCGCUUCAGACGGGAGGAGUAUGAGGGCAACCUGUUGGAGGCAGGCCUGGAGCUGGAGCACGACGAGGAUACCAAAAUCCAUGGUGUCGGAUUCGUGAAGAUCCAUGCACCCUGGCACGUGCUCUGCAGGGAGGCUGAGUUUUUGAAACUGAAGAUGCCCACGAAGAAGGUGUACCACAUCAGUGAGACCCGAGGCCUCCUGAAAACCAUCAACUCGGUCCUGCAGAAGAUCACAGACCCCAUCCAGCCGAAGGUGGCUGAGCACAGACCGCAGGCCACAAAGAGGCUCUCCUACCCCUUCUCCAGGGAGAAGCAGCACCUAUUCGACCUGACUGACAGGGACUCUUUUUUCGACAGCAAAACCCGGAGCACAAUAGUCUAUGAAAUUCUGAAGAGAACAACUUGCACAAAGGCCAAGUACAGCAUGGGGCAAGGAGAGGGAAGAAGGAAGGACUCUGCCCUUCUAAGUAAACGGCGGAAGUGUGGGAAAUACGGCAUCACCAGCCUUCUGGCCAAUGGCGUAUACUCAGCCGCGUACCCUCUGCAUGAUGGAGACUAUGAGGGUGACAACGUUGAGUUCAACGACAGAAAACUCCUAUAUGAGGAAUGGGCAAGCUACGGGGUCUUCUACAAAUACCAGCCCAUUGACUUGGUCAGGAAAUACUUUGGCGAGAAGGUCGGCCUGUAUUUUGCCUGGCUUGGUGCCUACACCCAGAUGCUUAUCCCUGCCUCGAUUGUGGGUGUCAUUGUCUUCCUCUAUGGAUGUGCCACUGUGGACGAAAACAUCCCCAGCAUGGAAAUGUGUGACCAGAGACACAAUAUCACCAUGUGUCCCCUGUGUGACAAGACCUGCAGCUACUGGAAGAUGAGCUCAGCCUGUGCCACGGCCCGUGCAAGCCACCUCUUUGACAACCCUGCCACCGUCUUCUUCUCUGUGUUUAUGGCCCUCUGGGCUGCCACCUUCAUGGAGCACUGGAAACGGAAGCAGAUGAGACUCAACUACCGCUGGGACCUCACAGGUUUCGAGGAGGAGGAGGAAGCUGUCAAGGAUCAUCCCAGGGCAGAGUACGAAGCCAGAGUCUUAGAGAAGUCACUAAGAAAAGAAUCCAGAAACAAAGAGAAGCGCCGGAGUGGUCCAGAAGAACCGACCAACAAAUGGAAGCAGAGGGUUAGGACAGCCAUGGCAGGGGUGAAAUUGACAGACAAGGUGAAGCUGACCUGGAGGGACCGCUUCCCAGCCUAUUUCACCAAUCUUGUCUCCAUCAUCUUCAUGAUCGCAGUCACAUUUGCCAUCGUGCUGGGAGUUAUUAUCUAUAGAAUCUCUACGGCUGCAGCCUUGGCCAUGAACUCCUCCCCCUCAGUGCGGUCCAACAUCCGGGUCACGGUCACAGCCACCGCUGUCAUCAUCAACCUCGUGGUCAUCAUUCUACUGGAUGAGGUUUAUGGCUGCAUUGCCAGGUGGCUCACCAAGAUUGAGGUCCCAAAGACAGAGAAGAGCUUCGAGGAGAGGCUGACCUUUAAAGCCUUCCUGCUCAAGUUCGUCAACUCCUACACUCCCAUCUUCUACGUCGCUUUCUUCAAAGGCCGGUUUGUCGGACGGCCAGGCGACUACGUGUACAUCUUCCGUUCUUUCCGGAUGGAGGAGUGUGCUCCAGGCGGCUGCCUCAUGGAGCUCUGCAUCCAGCUGAGCAUCAUCAUGCUGGGAAAGCAGCUGAUCCAGAACAAUCUCUUCGAGAUCGGCAUCCCGAAGAUGAAAAAGUUCAUCCGCUACCUGAAGCUUCGAAGGCAGAGCCCCUCGGACCGUGAGGAGUAUGUGAAGCGGAAGCAGCGCUAUGAGGUAGACUUCAACCUUGAACCCUUCGCUGGCCUCACACCCGAGUACAUGGAAAUGAUCAUUCAGUUUGGCUUCGUCACCCUGUUUGUUGCAUCCUUCCCUCUGGCUCCACUGUUCGCCUUGCUAAACAACAUCAUCGAGAUCCGCCUGGAUGCCAAAAAGUUUGUCACUGAGCUGCGGAGGCCAGUAGCCAUCAGAGCCAAAGACAUAGGGAUCUGGUAUAACAUUCUCAGAGGCGUCGGGAAGCUGGCUGUCAUCAUUAAUGCCUUUGUGAUCUCCUUCACGUCUGAUUUCAUCCCUCGCCUAGUGUACCUCUACAUGUACAGUCAGAACGGGACCAUGCAUGGCUUCGUCAACCACACACUCUCCUCCUUCAAUGUCAGUGACUUCCAGAAUGGCACGGCACCCAAUGACCCACUGGACCUGGGCUAUGAGGUGCAGAUCUGCAGGUACAAAGAUUACCGUGAGCCCCCAUGGUCAGAACACAAGUAUGACAUUUCUAAGGACUUCUGGGCUGUCCUGGCUGCCCGGCUGGCAUUUGUCAUCGUCUUCCAGAACCUGGUGAUGUUCAUGAGUGACUUCGUGGACUGGGUGAUCCCUGACAUCCCCAAAGACAUCAGCCAGCAGAUCCACAAGGAGAAGGUUCUCAUGGUGGAGCUGUUCAUGCGUGAGGAACAGGGCAAGCAGCAGCUACUAGACACAUGGAUGGAGAAGGAGAAGCCAAGGGAUGUGCCUUGCAACAACCACAGCCCCACAACCCGGCCAGAGGCAGGGGACAGCAGCCCAGUCCCCAGCUAUGAAUACCACGGGGGUGCACUGUAGCCUUGAUGGCAGCCCAGCAGCCAGAAGGCUUCUGACCAUCACCAAGUGACCACCCGGUUUCCUCCAGAGCCAGCACUUCUAGCCCCACCAGGGCCCGUGGCUCUUGUGCACGUGUGGAGGGCCACUCUGAUGUGACAACCGUCUUCUUUUUUCUUUCUGUUUCUUCUCAUUUUUGCACAAUGCCAUUAAGCAGGGACAUUUUUAUCCUUAGUAUUCAAUGCCAAGGAUGGCUGGUGACAGGGCUAAACGGGGCAAGGGCAUAUUCCACAGACUCGUGCUGGGGGAUGUAAAUCCCAUCACCACCACAGUGGUAAGGGGCCAAGGCCCUGAGUCUGCAUCCUUUGAAGGAUGCCUUGGGAUAGGUACAGAGUGGUGUCCAGGAGCCUGGUGACAUUUUCCAGGAGGAUACUUAGACUCAGGCUCCUGAAGUCUUCACGUGCUGUAGUUGGACAUGCUGGAUGACUCCACUGUCUUUCCUUCUGGGAGCUCAGAGGUUCAGACCUGGCUACUCAAACAGUAACACAUGGUGGCUUCAUACUGUGUGCCAGUAAAACCUGAGGGGUACAGGUGCCCCUGUUGACCAGCACCCUUUGUUCCCUGGCAGGUAGGCUCCACACCAGCCACCCAAGGGCCCCUCACACCAAGAUGAUGACCUUCUUGUGAGACAAGCUGGGUAACAGGUGGGCAUCUCUAGAAAGGCUGAUGGGCUUCACCAAGCCCCAGGGCCUCCGUGGGUUCCUUUGCCGCUUUUUAGAACACCUAUUGGUUUUUGUCUUAAAAAUCAAUAAUGUGGUGGAUUUGAGGGAUUUUCUUUCUGUAGCUCAAGGUGGAAGGAGUUUAUUCCAUUAGUUAACCAAAUAUGGAGAGGAAAUUAGAAUAUCAUUACUACCAAAGAUUUUUCUCAAUAAAGGCUUCUAUUUUGGUAACACGCCUAUAUUUUCACUCACAGGGACAUGAAGUCCUUGGUACUUGCUGUUGUAAUAGCCUCUAAAACAAGCCUCAUGAGGCAGCUUCAGCUGGUGUGCUAACCAGCUGUGGGAAGUCUCUCAGCACUGUAGCCCCAAGUGUCUCCCCCAAGCUGGAAGAGGCAACUCCCUACACUCGCCUUAGGGCAAGGCUGACAGCCUGUAGUCGGCAGCUGGGGUCCAGUCAUGGCCUUCAAAAGGUUUUCAUUGUCUGCUAAAAUCAUGAGACCUGAUGCUUCUGUUUCCUCUCGUGCCGUGAAGUGAUUUCCAGUGAUGUUUUGUACAUAGCUACCAUACCCAAAAUUAGGUAAUUACCAAAAAUUCUUUUACAGAAACCAUUUUUUAAAAAAAAAAUCAAAAACAAAAACAAAGCAAAAAUGAAUGUACACACACCCAUAGGAGACUGUGGCUGAGCAUUUGACAAAAUAAAUUUGAGUACACAA